UUACAGGAUGAUGUUUCGAGCCCCGUCAGUGACCAAAUUUUGGAAUUCUGUGACCCUGAAUUCUUCCAAGAAACCCUGCAAAACUCAGAAGUCACUUCCAGCUCAAAUUGUUGCUAUGAGGAGAACUCUUCCUGUGCUAACAAUCUUCCAUUGCCACCAGAUAUCGACAAGUACAAUAGCUACCAAGAUAACAAUGGUAAUCAUAACAGCGCAACCCCUAUAACCACAACCACUGGCACCACAACAAUUACAGCUGCCAAUAUUCACAACAUCAAUAGUAAUCUGUCCAUAAUAUUUGACUCCCAGGAUGAGCUUGAUAAUGUACUCUCAGCUUCCAUAGACUUUUCUCCAUCUCCCACCUUGUCUGUCCCUCAAUUUAUCUCUACCCAGAAUGACCAUUUUGAUUUCUCUUUAGUACAACCCCAACUCACAUUAACAAAUCUUGUAUCUACUGAUGGUCUCUCCCAGUACCCUGCUGCCCCACUCACGGCACAUCCAUUGUCAUCUGUUUUUGAAGAAGAUUGCCUGUCCUCGGUGCCUUCUUAUGUACCUUUGAACCCAUCAUCACCUUCUUGUUCGUUUCUUGGACCUGCAGUGGGUGCUUACAUGCCUGCUGGAACUCUGAAUGCCGCCUCAUUAUCCGCUGACAGUUCUGGUAUGUUCGAUGGUGGUAUUAUUAUGGGUUCUGAAUGGCAAACACUAGAAUUGGAUUUUCAGGGUGAUAAUGGUGGAAUUUAUUGUCCUGAUUCCCUCCAGCAUGUUCUUAACCCUCGUGAUCUACAGGCACUUGGCAAUGAAACUCCAAAUUUGGUGGGGGGGCAUGUUAGUUCUGCUCCCUUAACAUCAGAGAUUUCAAGUUUGGAAGAUUCAACUUUCAAGGCGGGCAAACUUUCUGUUGAGCAAAGGAGGGAGAAAAUCCAUAGGUAUAUGAAGAAAAGGAAUGAGAGGAAUUUCAGCAAGAAAAUAAAGUAUGCCUGCCGCAAAACACUGGCAGACAGCCGGCCUCGAGUCAGAGGAAGGUUCGCAAAGAAUGAUGAUUUUGGUGACAUUCACAGGACUGUUAGCAGCCAUCAUGAAGAUGAUGAGGAUGAAGAAGCAGUAAUGAAAGAAGAAGAUGUGAUUGGUUCGGAUAUUUUUGCUCACAUCAGUGGUGUGAACUCCUUCGAAUGCAAUUAUUCUAUCCAGUCCUGGAUUAACUAGCUUGCCCAUCUCUACAAUUUUGAAGGAUCCCGUUUCAGUCAAGAUGUUAACUUUCCAGGUUAAAUCUAUAAUAAAAGAAAUCCAAUAAUUGGGUGGUCCGUAGAAUAUCCUAGUCCGUCCAGGCAUAUAUGAAUGAUUGUGUCAGGACUGUGUAGACACUUGAAUAACAAGGUAGCUUAUGUAGAUAAUAUGUAUCCCUACCCAUCUCCAAGAUCCAGCAGAUCUGUUAAAUGCUGUGGCAUCUUAUUGUGAGUAGUAGCUGAGCAAGUUUGUCAAUGAAAGUUGUUUUUGUUUACUCAUGUGUACGAGCAAUUAGAAGUGCUCGAUCCAUUUACGGUUUACCUCGAUUUAUUUACUUGCAGAAAUAAAUACAUCAAUCGGGAUUGAUUUAUAGCUA